AGCACUUGUUUGUAUAUUUAGUAUUGGUAAGAUGUGGAUGUCUUCUCAUAUUUUGAUAAAUGAAUGUCAAAUAUAUAAUGCUAAUGUUAUUACAGAUGCAGAGAAUAGAAGACGAACAAGCAACACAAAAGCACCAAUGUGAAGAUUUACGGAGAGAAAAUAAAGAAUUUCAAAGCCAGAUACAAAACCUCCAGAAGGUGAUCGAGGAAAAGGACAACGAUAUCAGACAACUUAAAGAUGCAAGGACAGCAGCAGCAGAGAGCAAGGUACAGGAACCUCAGGAUGCAGUGCAAGAGACAACCACCCAGGACAAACACGGAAGGGAAGAAGGAAAGACAGGUUUGAUCUCUAUAACCUGUUGAGAACGUUAUUCUCUGCCUUUAGUGACGUGACAAGGGGGGGAGCCACUGCCACAGUGACACGAGCUGGUGGAAGUGUUGCACGUCAAGGAG